UCCGCGCCCCCGCGCUCGCCCCGCCCCCCGCGCGCGGCCCCGCCGCCAUUUCGCUGCCCCGGAAGCGCUCGCGGCCCCCCCGUGCCCGGCGGAACAUGGCGGCCGUGUCCGUGCUGCGCGCGCCCGCCGGCGGCUUCAGCUUCGACAACUGCGCUCGGAACUCGCUCCUGGAGGCCGAGCUGGUCCAGAAGGGGCUGCGGGUGCCCGCGCCGCGCAAGACCGGCACCACCAUCGCCGGCGUCAUCUUCAAGGAUGGCAUCGUCCUCGGAGCGGAUACGAGAGCCACUGAGGGCAUGGUUGUUGCUGACAAGAACUGUUCGAAAAUACACUUCAUUUCCCCUAAUAUCUACUGCUGCGGUGCCGGGACGGCUGCAGACACGGAGAUGACGACUCAGCUGAUCUCCUCCAACCUGGAGCUCCACUCGCUGUCCACGGGACGCCUCCCGCGCGUUGUCACGGCCAACCGCAUGCUCAAGCAGAUGCUGUUCAGGUACCAGGGCUACAUCGGAGCUGCGCUGGUGCUGGGGGGAGUGGAUGUGACAGGCCCCCACCUGUACAGCAUCCACCCGCACGGAUCCACCGACAAGCUGCCCUACGUCACCAUGGGUUCUGGAUCGCUGGCGGCCAUGGCAGUGUUUGAAGAUAAAUACAAACCCGACAUGGAGCUUUUCCCUUCCCCAGGAGGAGGAGGCCAAGCAGCUGGUGCGAGACGCCAUCGCCGCCGGCAUCUACAACGACCUGGGCUCGGGCAGCAACAUCGACAUCUGCGUCAUCAGCAAGAGCAAGCUGGACUUCCUCCGUCCCUACGACGUGGCCAACAGGAAGGGGGACAGGUUUGGUAGGUACAAGUGUGAAAAAGGAACAACUGCUGUUCUCACAGAGAACGUGGCACACCUGGAGCUCGAGGUGUUGGAUGAGACCGUGCAAACCAUGGACACAUCGUGAGCCUGUGGGUGCUCAGACUGCAGCUGGUGCAGAAUAAAGAGGCUGUGCCCACUCUC